GAAGGUCAGCGCCGCCGCCAUCUUGCCGACGACCCUUAACCCCACGCGUCGUACAGAGCGCCGGCGCAGGCGCACAGCAUUCGGCCGGGAGUGCUUGUGGAACUUUUUUCGUACUGUGGCUGAGCGGCUGGGCGGCUGGCCGGGUCUGGGCUCAGCAUGGCCGCCCUGUUUGUACGGAGCGUGGUGGCUUCGGUGGUGGACCUGAGUCGCCUCGCGGUGAAGCCCCGAGCCUUCUCGAUCCUGCUAGGGACGUUGCCAAGCGCCAAACCCUGCGCAGAGGUGCGCUCACUUCUCUGUGGAGGUCCCGUGCUGUCCCUACAGCCCUCGCUGGGCUUCAAGACCAAGGGUGUCAUCAAGAAGCGCUGUAGAGACUGCUACAUGGUGAAGAGGCGUGGGCGCUGGUUUGUCCUCUGUAAGACCAACCCCAAGCAUAAACAGCGACAGAUGUAGCUCUUGCCUUCAAGCAGUGUCCAUGGAAAAUUCAUUGAAAUGAAUUUAUCAGAGAAAAAUAAACGUAAGCAUUCUGUAAGAUCCGUGGGCCUUAGGGCCUUGUUGAACCUGCUUUCCCCACAUUGUAGCCCAGUUCCUUCAAAUCUAAUCAGACCAGAGCUGCACACAGAGGAUUGUUACAGUUCCUGUGGCAGUCGGUGACCCUGAUUGACCUGAAACUUGGAGAGAACCUCCUGCCUCUGCCUCUGCCAUUUGUUACCACCUGCAGCAGAUUGUAAGUGCUUUAACAGGCUGCCUGAACCAGAAGGCUCCUGUGAGGUGAACAACAAUCCCAAUUUAAGAACAAAUGACAUUCUUGUGUAGCAACUCUCCCUACCUUUGCUCAAGGAAACCUUGUUUACAUAGAAAUGUCUUUUGGAUACCAAUUAAAAUGUUUGUCGUUACUGUA